AGUCAUUCAAGCGUUUGGAAAAUGUUUGGCGCUUGUAUCUAAAACAAAAACAAUCCGUCUUUCUGGCGAACCUGUCAACCGACGUAAAUAGACAGUGACAGAGAUGUCAGAUGGUGACACAACACGGAGUAAAUGGGAAAAUGGAGACACAUAACUGACACAUUUGUAGCUAAAGCCAAGCAAUGGCUGAUCCAGCUGGUCACAAAACAGGUGGAAAUGAUGAAGUCCGCGACAGAAUACAGAGUAACACACUGUCAAUAGCUCCAGUGGACAGAAAUGCCCUCAGACAGCUAUAUGAAGAACAAAGGGAGGACAGUUUUGUUCACCCUGAGCCAGCGAUUCCCGCGGAAUAUUUACCUUCAUAUGAGGAGGCAGUGGCCCUGGGAUAUAAAGGACUUAAGGAGCUGACAGAGGAUGCAAGUCCCACCCACGCCGGGGAGGGUAACGCGUCAGGGCCCCGAGAAACUGUGUUCCUAGGGAGGGACAAAAGUAAACUAAAAAGGAAAAAGAGUAAAAAAUCAAAGAGGAGAGAUGGUGAAGAAAGUGAAAUAAAGUCAGAGCCCACCAAUGAAGUAGAAAUGGUUCCACUGAGGAUUGAGGUGAGGUCGGAUAACUCCAGUCACACAUGGACAGAAGACAUGAAUGGAGAAACAGAAAUGGGAACCACAGAGGGGGAAGACUCCCCAAAAAAGUCCAGGAAAAAGAAAAAAAAGAAGAGGUUCCUUGAAAGAGAAGCCAUUGAGAGAGACAUGACUGAAAUGAGUGCUGAGGCUGUACAGAGACAGGCGGGGGAAAUCCCUGAUGUAGAGCUACAGGCCCCUCCUGAUCAGUCACAGAGGGGGGAGAAUGGAGCCCUGACACUGGUUUCAACAAACGGGGAGUACUCAGUCCUAGACGAGCAGGCAGAGCAGACAGGUAAAAAGUCCAAAAAGAAGAAGCGCCGCGACACUAGUCCUGAUGAGGUGACAGAAGUAGGGGUGUUAGAGGGGGAGGAGGAAUCAUCCUGGAGGAAAGCCAAGAAAAAAUCAAAGAAGAAGAAAAAGAAGAUCGGGGAGAGAGAGGUCAUAGAGGAAAUGACAGGUAAGGAGCUUCCUGAUCAGGAAAAUCUCCCCCCUCAGAUUCCCACAGCAGCCUAUGUAGAAGCUGAGCCCUCCUGUACCCCAGAAACAAAGGAGACCCGAGCCCUCCCUCCCCUCCUGUUAAAGCGGAUGUCCUCCCAAAACAAGAUCCACGCAGAAGACUCGGGGCCUGUAGACAGUCUCCCCGACCAGCUACGAGAGGACACGACACUGGUGGGGAAAUCCCUCCCUCCUAUCUCCUCAAUGAUGGGGAAAGGAGAGGGCGAGAAGUCAGAGGUAGAGGAGGGUCCGGGGGAGAAAGGAGUGGAGGAGAAAGGAGCAGAGGAGAAGGAGGCAAAGCUGAGGAAGCCAUUACUGGACAAAAUGAAGGACCUGAGGAGAACACACCUCAGGAGAAUGGAGGAGGGGUCACUCACUGAAGACAGGAGUGAGCCUGAGGAAUUUGAGUGUAAACGCAUGGGUCGCCUGAACUCCUGUUGUACAGCAGUCGGCAGGUUUCUGACUCGAUGCUGGAGGUUCCUAUUUAGAAACAGAGACUGGACCUCAAGAGAAAGUAAAUGUAUCAUCGCCAUAGCGAUUUCAGUAGUGGCGGCCAUUGUAUUCCUGGGUCUGUUCCCCAGCAGUUUCGUAUAUCUGGAUUAUCAUGAGUAUGCUCUGAAGUACAACAAAGUGACUGGUGUGGUCGAUAGGUCGACAACAUAUGAUUUUGGUUGUUAUAUCCUUGGCCCCAGUACAGCUUUCCUGAGGUUUUCACGCAGCGCUCACGUUAUCACCAAGUCACAUGAAGUGUUCACUGCUGAUAAACUGAGCAUCCAAAUUACGUAUCAUCUGCAGUACUUCCUCAAGAAGUCAGAGAUUGGGACAUUACACAGGAAGUUUGGUACGGGGUACGAUUCUGUCAUUCGCUCCAUCACAGAGAGCAGAGUGAAGAACUCGGCUGUUAGUAUCAGUGUGGACUACUUCAGAUUCCAGCGGGCUUAUCUAGAGUCGUAUUUCCACAACCAACUCAAGAAAAGGCUAGAGGGUGACUGUUGUCCGAACUGUUGUCCCACUAGUUGUACUAACAACACAGUCUGUACCACCUGUCUGGGACCCGCCAACUGUAGCCAGGGAUACCACAUCUACGUGGUGUACUUCCAACUCACAAAGGUCGACAUACCACAGGAGGUGCUGGAGCGGUUCCUCACAAGUGUUAUACUUCAGGAGCAAGUGUUUACAGAGCAAUUGAAGCAAGACAAAGCUGUUGAAGACAAAAUUACAGAACGUAAUACUAGUCUAGCACGCAAUCAAGCUAAUGAGAUUAAAGAGUCUGGUAAAGCUGAGGCUGAUAAAAUCCGUGUGAUAUCGGAGGCGGAUCGCGAGGCUAACCUGACCACGGCUUACGUAGGGGCUCUGUCGUCUAUGUACACCACCCUGGGGGUCACGCAGGAGGACCACAAACUGUCCAUCAUGAUGAUGCGGGUCCUCGAGGAAGUCGCCGUCAAGGGCAGUUUGUACCGUUCCUACGGCUACGACAACCAUACUCUCUACAGUCGCCCUCUCGCUCUCCCUGCAGGAUAAAUGUUGAGUGUAUGUAAGCAUACCGAUAGGUCAGUUUUGACAACCAGUAAAUGGGCAUUAAAUAAUGAAAUAUUUGAAUGUACAUUUUUUAAAACUUGUUUUAAUAUUACACUGUCUCGUAGCAAUAACUGGUUACAGAAAUGUUUCAAUAUACUUACAAUAAUUUAUAACAUUUUCACUAAUGUCACAUAGACUAGAGAAUAAUAUCACUGAUACUGAGAACUUAAAAUUGAUCUGAUGUAAUGGUGGCACACUCGCGAUUUAAUAAAUGAUUUUAUGUCAGGUUCACUCAAUUCAGAACUGUUAAACCUCUGUUUAGGUUAUAAACAUAUAUACAGUUGAACCUCAGUAUCUUGAACAUGGAUACACUGUGACUGAAAUACUGCAGACUGUGAAUUGUAAGUCCUGUCAAUGUUCCCACAAAUGCCAAACAUCCAAAUAUCCAUUUAAAACUUGAUAUCAUUUGCAUUAUUAAUGAAUCACUUGUUAUCUGUUUUUUUAUGUCUGUUUUUUUUGCAUGACUUUGAUUUUUUUAAAAGAUGUUUAUAGUUUCCUCUUUCAAAAUAGGAAAUAUCAAUUUUUUAAAAAUAUUUUUGUCUCAAAACUCAGGGUUGUAAAUUUAGCUUGACCAUUGUGUAGAACAGCUAGGCUGGUUGGAUGUAGAUUGUGUAUGUGUGUAUACAAAGCAUGUACGUACAAGAGGCAUGAUAUUUUUUUCAAAGUGUUUUAUAGCUAUUUUUCUGUCAUACACUUUAAAGCCUGAGAUUUUUAUGAUAUUAUAAUUUUUAUACUUUUAACAUUAUCAUAGUGCCGAAGUUUAUAGUGUUUUAAUAAUUAAGUAAUUCCUAAAGUCAUGGAAGUUUUAUUUUUAUGUUCAGAUGUAUGCAUAAUACCAGAACAUAUUUUGUAUGUUAUCCAAUCAUUUACAUGAAUCCAGCAUUGUUGCUGUUUUUGAUGUUGACAUAUACUUUAUAAACAAUUUUCAAACAUUUGGAGUCAUUCAUUUCCAUCCCUUUUUCUUGGACUAGUGAUUUAUUUUACAAUAUUUUGCCGUGGACUGAACAAGAGGCCCUUGGGCCACAAUUUUUACCUGAUCAAGUAAAGGGCUCUGAUUAAAAUAAAAACCUGAUCCUCGUAUGUUCUGAUGUGUAUGGAUUAUUGUACAUGUGUAAUGUAUUGAUUUAACUAAAUUCUACAGUAAUUAAUGAACUUUCAUUACUCAACAUUAAAACUGAUUUACAAUGAACACAUAUAUACGGUAUUGCAAAUUUACAGGUACAUGUAUUAAGCUAAGUUUUUUGGAAUAUCCCUUAAAAUUCUGAACUAUUCUUUGAAAAAAUUAACAUUAAAUUAAAAUGAAGUCUGGCAUAACAAAUUUGCAAUAUACAAUAUGGAAAUGUGAAAAGCUUAUGACCUUGACAAUGCUGACCUCAAUUACAAAAGUCAAAUUUUAAUCAGAAAAGCUUACUUUAACCUUCAACUCAGGUGAGCUAAAAUUAAAUAUGUGUAGCGAGAUUGUUGAGAAAAUACUUAACGGUAGUUGAACACCACUGCCCGUGGGCCUCUUGUUUGAGUUAUUUGUUUAAAUGUACACUUUUUUAUGUUGUGACUAAUUUUACAUAUGAUGUUAACAAAUAAAUAGCUGUUAAAACUGU